AACAAAAAGGGAUAAAUUUUAACUUUUUGACCUUUUUUCGUGCAUGUUGAUAAUUUUGUGAUAAAGUUAAAUAUGAGAACAGCAAAUUAAUAUCAUUUGCAACUACCGCCGUCGUUCCCGUUGGAAAAGUGAGCUGGAAAAGUGUUAGAAGCAGAAAAAACCGCAGCGCGAAAGAUCCCCAAAAAGACCGGGCUCAAUUUACGGAAAAGGAUUCUUUUGCAACACCACCGGGACCAAGGCACAAUCAACCUCAGAGAGUACAGAAAUCUGCGCCCUAGAACCGGCGUGUCUCGAACGGAAACCCUCGGAAAGUCGCUCUUAAAUGUUGAUCGUGUUGGGCACAGUGCCAGUAAUUUGCUGAAAAAUUCAGUUAUCAACCAGUUUACGUUAACAGCUGAUUGAGUAUCGUGCGGUAUCAAGACGCUGCGUUGAUAAGAUUACAGUCAUUUCGGAUGAUACGCGCUACUAUCCCAUUAUCGGCUCGGCGUAACUCGCGAAAGAGCGAGCGUUGCAGUCACUGGAGAUCGACCAGCUGAAUCGGUGUGAUUGUGAGACGAACCUGCCUCGUACCUGUGCAAAAUGUUAAACGAAGUCUGUGAUAUGCUGGAUGGCUACACGGGGCGGGACAAGAUAAUUCGAACUCUCUGUUACACCACGAAACUCGCGUCCGGCCUUUACGCACAGAAGGACCCAGAAUGGGCGAAAAAGCUUGCCAUCUUCAGUUCGAAAAUGUCCCAAACCCGCGCCACGCUUCGACUCUUCGACGAUCUACCGAUGUUGGCCUACAGUUUAAGUUAUGGCACCGGCAGCAAGGAACCGGAUCGAUGGAUGGGACUGAUUGGAUUCGUAACGAACCUCAUCGAUCACGCAUACUACCCGGUGGAUAAGAUCUGUUGGCUGCUAGAGCACAAUCUACUGAACGUGCAAAACCCCACCAAAUGGGACACGAUCAAUUCGGUACUUUGGGUGGCUUCGAUAUACCUCAACCUGAUGAAAACUGUCCGCAGCUUUGCCGUCAUGGAGCAGCACAAAUCUUGUAUCGAUAGGGCGGAAAAUAAAGCAAGCCAAGCAUUUCGGAUGUUACUGGUAAAGCAACGGAUGGAAGCCCUUUCUAUUCUGCGGUUAACAUUGGACCUGAUCCAUGCCGGCAGUACACUACCGAAGGGAAUGCUAUGGGGUGGCUGUUUUCAAACGUGGCACGUUGGACUGAUCGGAAGUAUAUCAUCAUUGAUGGGACUCUACCAGUAUGUGGCUAAGAAACGAAUCGUUAGAGAAAGUGCCUAGCACUCGACGUAUGGUUCGUGAAAUAUAACAUUUAUUUGCCGCAAUGCAAUUACGACGAAGACAUACAAACCCAAUGUCCAACAACCGGUGUUGGGGAACCGUUAUCCUAUCCAAGUGUAGGGAACAGAGUCAGCAGAACAGAGUAGUAACUGGCAGAUCAUCAGCCGAAAGUGCCGAAUAAAUGUGAACGAAGCAUUCGGACAGCGGAUCGCGUGUGAUAAGUUGAGAAACAGUUUGUAAUUCCGAAUACUUGGCUCUUCGCAAUAUCGCAUGAACAGCUCAUAUGCUCAUUGACCAGCAAACAGAAAAACCCAGGAACAACUGAAAUUGAUAACUUACCCUCUUGAAGUUCAUUUUAGCUAAGCUAUUGUUAUUUGCAUGUAUUGUUGUUUUCCAAUAGUGUUAAACUCAGAAACCAACUAGAUAAGGAAUACGGGAGAUGCUGCUAAGACUUUGUAUAGUAUAUACCAAUACCGAAGUCUAGUCAGUGUGUAAGGGCUUAGUAAUUUUUUUUUUAAUUUUUAUCAUUUUUUUAUAUUUUAGUAGAAACUCAAUAAACUUUAUGAGUGAGCUAGGGAACUCGCUAAACAGCUUAGCGCGGCGGUGAUUGUUGCAAAUCGUAUUAAUAAAACGGUUGAAC